CGUGCAAGACAGAGCAAGAUGGCGCCGGCUAAAGAUACGAUGUCGGUCCUCCACGCGUGGGGAUCUCAGGUAGUUAUAUUAACCUUCUUCGUGACGCCCUGAAGAUGGGAUAACUCCAGCAAAGAAACUAAGAUGAAUCAGAAGCAGAACCACAGACAAGUAUCUUUAUAGAACUUUUGAGCGCACUUACGAUAGAAAGAUGCUUGCUGUUACUCAAAAUACUGAAAUCCAGCCGUCAGAAAAUUCUAGAAAGUGAGACGGCUUUUCUAUUCAUCAACAGGGCCAUGCUCUCUCUUUGAUGGAGCAACAGCACGCGCGCUUCCUGGAUAGUGCACAUCUCCUUAUGGCCUCGGAUAUAUGCGCCUUGCUUCUGCAGAAUUGGGCCAAUAAAUACCAAUAAUAAAGUUUCAGCGCCUACGCUUCAGCACACUAUUGGUUUACAGCCCAAUUCUUCAUACAACGACGCAAUCCUUCUGCUUCUCCUUCUACCUCUAAUCUGUUCUACCCAGUCGGCUGCAACAUCGCGGUUCGGAACGUACACAGUCCAAGUGAUAGCUACUUCCUAAAACAAGCACAAAAUGGAGUCGACGCCAUCACCUCGUUCUGCGUUUCGCCGGAUCGAACCCUCGUUCUCUCAUGCGAGACGACAACAGCAGGAUCGAUUAUGACAUACAAUAGCAGGAUCGACCAAAUAGAGAUACAAAUAGCGAGGAUCGACCAAAUAGCGAGACGACAACAGCAGGAUCGACCAAAUAGAGACCAAGUAUACAACUUGCGUCAUGCGUGAAGAACAUGAUAAGGAAUUGGGCAUUUCUCUUCGAUGCGCAGGCCAUAAUAGAGAAUAAGCAGUGUGCAGUAUCAAGUGAUUGCGCUUGCUGACCAACAUUAGUGCACAGUAUCAAGCCAUCAAUCAUGCUUGACCAUUAGAACAGGUCCUAAUUGUCUAAAAUAAUGGUUCGGUAUGGAGGGGAAUAAUACCUGCGCUUUUUCCUUUGAUUUUGCAUGAAAAUGAUAAUCGUCGAUGUACGAAUGUGAGACGAGAUACAACUACGGAGGACUUCUUCUAUUCUCUAGACGCUAUGCUCUCCGCUAUACCUGAGCUCUAGGAGGAUCACAACAUCUUCGGAUUGGGCAGGGGGUGAUUCUUGAUCUACUUGAUCUACUUGACUGUCUGCUCUACUAUGCUCCACACUAUAGACCUGAGCUCUAAGGAAAGCUCCGGGGGGCAGGUUUCGGUGUAUAACCUGGCGGCGAAUAACAGCUUCACACCAACGUCAACUACAAACCUUGGCCUCAACGUUCGCAGAUCUGGAUACACUGCGGUUGCGGUGGACGUCAAUUUAUGCUCCGUAAGAAGUAGAUGUCAAUUUAUGCUCCGUAAGAAGUAGAUGUCAAUUUAUGCUCCGUAAGAAGUAGAUGUCAAUUUAUGCUCGGUAAGAAGUCGAUGUCAAUUUAUGCUCCGUAAGUAUCCUUUCAAUGAAGUCCUAUUCCGAAUCGAUUCAAGCUAUCAAGUAGAUUCAAGAAAUGGCGGAGAAGGUGACAUGUACUGUUUGCGAACACUAGGACUGCAAACUUACACUCUGAAGAUGAUGACGCAGCUGCGUCAUGUACUAAAACCUACGAAACUGUCCAUCCACACUUGCAGUAACCUAAAAGCCUAGCGGUACCUUGUUGGAGUAACCUAAGCAGACUUUUUCAUCUUCGCAGUAUAACCUAGCAUUUCAUAGUUCACUACCCUAACCUUUCAUAGUUGCACUCCCGAGUGGCGCUUUUGA